UUCCUGUAGGUGUGAGCGGCUCAGUCAUCAGCCAAUGUCAGUGUGUGUGUCAUUGGAUUAGUGGAGCAGAGGCAGUGGACACACGUCUGUACAGAGUGACCAUAUCACUGUCCACAUCACACCGCCGAGACAGAUAGAGGGAAAUGUCCAGUCUGGAUGAGGUGCCCUUCAAGAUCCCUCUCGGCGUCCUUGAGGAUGCAAAGGAAGAGGUGGAGCUCCUCACGGCUCCAGAAAUCACUCUGCCCGACUACCUGAAGAUACUGCAGGAAACUGAGUAUGUGUUCAGCCUGGAGAACUGGGUUCUCACGGGUCUCCAGGGCGGUUAUCCAACCCUCAAUCCCCGCUCUUCCUGUGAGCUGACAGCGACCUGUCCUCCGUACUGGAUGAUGUUCAGCAGUCCUCAGGAGAGCAGGUUAGCCAGCCGCUGGAGCAGUGACUUCUGGGAACCCAACCCACGUCCCCGCAGCCGCAGCUUAAAUGCGGCCCACUACCGCGCAAUGAACGGCCGGGUCAAAUUCACCAUUUCUGACUCUGAAGAUGAAGACUUUGCAGAAGAAGAUGGGGCCGCUCUUGGUGAGGGCGAAGCACAGCCCAAACGAUCGGCUUUGACAAGACAAGGACCAGGGCUGAAAGACUUGCACAGUUGUGGAUCAUCAAACUUCCUCAACCUGCCUUGCAGCCUCUCCGCACAGUGUCAGGGGAACGUCCGACAGUCUUCCCUCUGCAGGCUGAACUCAUCCCGAAAGAACUUCCAGAGGAGUCAGAGUCCUGCUGGCUGUUCUGAUACAUCUCCCACAAUCUCCACUAACUGCCUGCCAUCUGAAUGCAUCAGCAGACCUGUCCCAAAGGCCCAGGGUUCAUCCUCCCCCUUGGCCCCAUCACGGCCACUCAAUUCCCACGCUGCCGUCCUGGACUCUUCUGUCGAGCUUCUCUCCGCUCUCAGCCCAGAGGAGAGGGAGCUGCUGGCGGCCGUGACCGAGCAGGGCUACCCUCUCCGUACGGCCAUCAUCGCCCUCCAGAAAACUGGCCAGCAAAGCCCCGAGCAGAUCUUGAGUUAUCUGGUGGCGUGUGAUCGGUUAUGUGAACUCGGCUACGAUGAAGCUCAGGUUGAAGAAGCUCUUGAGAUGUUUCAAAACUGUGAGACCAAGGCUGAGGAGUUCCUUCACCUUCUUGCUCAGUUUAAUGAAAUGGGCUUCCAGCAGAACGCCAUUAAAGAGGUUCUUCUCGUGCAUGAGAACCACCGAGAGCGAGCCCUGGAGGAACUCAUGACCCGCGUGGCCUGAUCCGGUCCAUGAUAUGAUGCAGUGAAUUAUAGCUGCGAUCAUGGUUUGUGCUGUUCACACAGCUCUUAUAGCUGCUGCUUAUUUAUCAUGUGCUGAGCUGUGUUUAUUCGUUGCGCAUCCUAGACAUGUGUUGAGGCCUUGGGGAGAAGCACAGUUUGACUGUCUACACCAGCGAAUGACUCUAACAACACGCUUUUACAGUGUUUUCCAUAGCAAUCAAACUUUUGUUUUAAUUAAAUGUGCUUUAUUUAUAGAAAUGUUAAUCAUGGGAAAUAAAUAUUCAUUAAAUUAAUUGUUUUAUUUUAAAUGUUUUUAUUUUAAAAUUAUUUAUUUACGGUAUAGGACUGCACAAUUUGGUCAAACAAUACAUGGUGCUUAUUUUGGCAUAUUAUAUUAGGAUUAUUUGUAAUUUGAAGGGCAAUAUGAUAAACUCGUGAGAAAACAUCUCAGUGAUAGAAAUAAGAAAUAAAACGGCAAUAAAAUAAUUGUUUUUAUAUGAUUAUUUAUCUAUUUAUACUCUAAUUAUUAAAAGUGAAGGCAAAUAUACUAUUGUAAGUAUACAAUUGUACCUUAAAAUAAAAUGAAUGUUUGAUAAUUGUAAUUAUUGUACAAUCAUUUUCAAGCGUUAAACCCUUGAGCUUUAAUUUUAGUGGAAAGCUGCAGAGACUUUUAAGUCUGUGUUCAGUUGAUGAUUUUUUUUGCUUCUCAUUACUGAUAAAAUUCUAAAGACUUGUGUCAAAUUGUCAAAACGUAUCAGACUAAUUGGACUGGACCAAUUUUAUUGUAAUAAUCUCUCUAAGCCAUAUCAUGAUUUCAAUUUUAUUUCAAUUGCAGCCUCAUUUCAAUUUUACAUUUUAAUUAAUUAUUAGCUUUUCAUCAUCUCACGAACCUCCAUUUGGGAAACCCUUAUAUAAUGUAUAAUAUAUUACAUCUGUUAUGUACGUGUCAGGCAAUGUGGAUGUAAUAAAACUGUUUAAGUGGUUCAGUUCGUUCCAACAAUGGCAUCAGUAACCCGAGAGCUUUGCAUCUGAGUGAUGGAUUUGUACAGAUUACCACUGUAAACAAAAAAUGACAACUCAAUAUGAAAUUUCAGUCAAAUGUUUAGAAGAAAAACCAAAUCUAAACAAUAAUACCCACAUCUCAUUGUUCUUGUUUCAGGAAAAAAAUCUAGUAUUUGUGAAAUCUGUGUGAGGUCAGGACAUGCUUCCAUCUGUUAGUUUCACUUUGGUAUUUGUGAACAUUAUUGUAUGGCAAUGUUCCUAUAAAAUGUUACCUUCAACUGCCAGACAUCAUGAGCGAAUAGCGACGUCCUGCCAAGAUCUAUACAUUCUGUUGUUCGGCUGCCAAAAGUUGGACACAAUGUUUUCAUUGUGGGAACAUGAUUAGUUAUCAGUGUGUCUUCAGGUUCUCAUGUAAUGAGUGGACCUUCUACAAGAGUUACGAAAGCAUGCAGGAAUGUCUGGAUAUAAUUUGAGUGUUUGAACAGUCAAGAGUCUCCGCACGGUUACACUCAAACCAGUUUUUGAGGUCAUAAAUGAUUGUAUGAAUAAAGUAUCAUUUGUGA